GCACUUCGCACCAACACCCUCGGCCGCCCACGACGACAAUCUUAUUACUACAAGUGUUAGCCACUUACCUAGCACCUAGUGGGCAGGCAUCCGGGCCACUACCGCGACCUAGGCAAUAGAUAGCCACCUGAAGUUUGGUUAUUAGUGCCCCGUGCGUCGGUCGACCCUGCUACUACUCGUAGUACUACUACUACUACCGCUGCUACUUCCUCACGGGUGCUCAUGGUCAUCAUCGCUGCUGCUACCACCACCACUGCAGUCAAACCCGCAUGAAGCUUGCAUCUCUUCGCUGCCACCAAGUCCUCGACUACUGACCCAGCCCCGGUUGCAGUGUGACCCAGCAUCGCAAUCCAGUCUCUUCUACCCGCAGGCGCCGCCAUCUGCUUGUGUUGCGUCCACCCUCCAGCUCUCACAGGCACGCCCACGACAACUGCGACCGCCCGGCAGACUGACUCGAAAGCUGACAGCUGCGGGCUGCCAUCCCACCCUCCAUUCUUGUCCAUCCUCCGAGUGCCGCGAUCCAAGACGACGCGAUCAGAUCCUCUUGUAUACCCGUCGAUUCAACCUAUUUGGGCUGUCGCAAACGCUCGAGAGUGUCAGCGCACCUCAUCCCGCCGCCGGCGUCGACACGCCCAACCUUCCUCCAACAGGAUCUCCAGUAACGCAAUGCGGCGUCCCUGAGGAGAUUUCCAACGUCGAACUGCGCCCGACACACCUGUUGUUUGUCUCGAGUUCACAGUCUGCGCUUGGUCUCACAGUCAUAUAGCUCAUUCUGGCCAUCUUUCGAUCGCAUGAUGGGCCCAUAAGCCUCGAAACAGGGGUGUCUUUCCUUUUCAUACAACAGCCAACUCCAAAACCAUGGACCCGGCUGCCUGUCGAGUAAUAUACAUUGAUGAGCGGUUCAAUGGGGAAACCUGGAUCUCGAGGGAAGGGUUGGCGGCGGAGUCGCCGCGAAAUCAGAGACGAGCUUCUCAAGUCGACUGCACCAGCCUGCCUCCGGAUUUACAGAGCAAUGUGAAUGCAUUUCUGACGGUGUUCAACCAAGUGUACGUGUGCAGCUCUGGGCGUGCGUUUUCUACCAAAUUGUCCGAACUUCAUGAACAAGCCAAACUAGACUGUACUCCGAUCCUGGCCUGCUUCGACGUCGGAUCCGAGUCAAAGCAUGACCAUCUAAAGUCUACUGCUCGGUUCUCACCGUCAGCCGACUCGCCUCUACCAUCGCCCAGCUUACUCCGAAGAGAAAUCACGUUCUCUUCCGAGUCUGACGAGUCAUACGGGCUGCAACUGCUUUCGCGUAUAGCCUCCGACCUGCAGGUCGAAGAAGGGGUCAAGUUGAUCAUCCCGGUUGCCAUUGUUCAGCCGAAGCGCAAGGACUCCCAUGAUCUGGCCCUGGAGCUCGUCCAACCCGGUGGCAGUUCCAGGGCUUCCUUCGGUUCAGAAGGUGAGGCCGUGGCGGUCAACGACUCGUCGGACAUCAUCGAUGUACAGUUGAUGCUGCAAUGUCUUGAUGCGGGAGCCCUCGAUGUGGUCAGGAGCCCACUGGACAAGGCCGGCAUCAUGGGACUGACGGUGCACGCCUAUCGUAUCUAUAAGGAUGCCAAGAAGGAGCAGGCGAGCUUCAUGGCGAUAACGCGGCGAACGCGCAAACAAUCGUGGGUUGGCGUUGAGGAGGAAAAGCCUUAUGCCUACCUGAGGGAGGCAAUGGUGAAGAAAUUACUCAAAGGCAUCUGUGACCCGCAACACGUCAUUGAAGAUUACCAACACCGGGACCUCUAUGUGCAGGAGUCGCGCAAGGACGUGAUCGCACAGGCGAUCGCCAGUUGGAGCUUUUGCGGACACGACUUCACCGAGGAUGAGCUGGUCUACGCUGGCUACUUUAUGCUGAAUCAUGCCUUGCAAAUGGAGGGCGUGGAACAAUGGCGCAUGAGCCCGGCUGAACUACUUCGCUUCAUGCAAGGCUGCCGCGUCGCGUACAACUCUUUCGUCCUAUACCACAACUUCAGGCACGCAGUGGAUGUUCUCCAGUCUGUGUUUCACUUUCUUGUGCGCAUCGGUACCCUCCCGCCAUAUCCCGCCGGGGCGGAGCCCUCCCCCUUUGCAGAUAAAAAGUCACCGAUCGCGAGUUUGCUCGGACCCUUCGAAGCGUUGACUCUCCUGAUCGCCGCCAUUGGACACGAUGUCGGCCACCCGGGAGUAAAUAAUAUGUUCUUGGUCAAGCUGAAUGCUCCCCUCGCGCAGCUAUACAAUGACCAAUCGGUUUUGGAGGCUUUCCACUGUGCUGCUUAUUCGCAGAUUCUGCGUCGUCACUGGCCUCCUGCCUUUCAGGAUAGGACUAUGCGCAAACUCAUGAUCAGUACCAUUCUGGCCACCGAUAUGGGAAUUCACUCCGAUUACAUGCAUCAUCUGGGACAUCUGCAGGAAAAGAUCCAUGAAACUCAGGUCACCGACGGCUGGGCGCCCAAGGAUAUAGAAUGGGCCCGAACAUUGGUCUGGGCACUGCUGAUCAAAUGCGCCGAUAUCAGCAAUGUGGCUCGUCCCUGGUCAGUCGCCGAGAGAUGGACGGUGUUGCUUCAGGAAGAGUUUGCGCAUCAAGGAGAAAUGGAACAGGCUGUUGGAAUGGAGACGGCACUCUUUGGUGGUCCUCCAGAAUUGGGCAACAUGCUCAAGCUGGCUAACGGCCAGAUCGGCUUCAUGACAAUAUUCGCCCAUCCCCUCUUUUCCAAUGUCGCCGACAUCGUCCCAGCUAUGAACUUCGCCGUUGAAGAAAUUCUGACCAACAAGGGCGUCUGGUUUACCCGGGCAGAACAUGAAAAGAGGCUACAAUCACUUCAGGAAGGCAGUAGGCAGGGCGAAGGCGGAUCCCUGUCUCCCCGGACACGCAGUCCUGUUCCUCGAAAGGGUGUGACAGAGCACGGAAGAGAUAAGCAUUGCGAUCUUCCGUCAUCACCCUUGCGUGGCAGGGCCGAUGUCACUGACGGCGUCCCAACUUUGACCGAAGCAAGGCGUGGGCGGAAGAGUGCACUUGCCACCCAGGACGGUUCCCAGUCAGCAUCGGCACCUGCUGUGCUAGAAACUGAUCAGCUCAACCAAGGCGUAUCGAACGAGGACAGUGAAGGGAUUUCGAGCAAUACUCCCAGAGUGUCUCCAGCAGGCGGCGAGCUGUCCCAGGAAGAAGUGCAGGCUCUCACGGACACGAGGAGGGACAAUGCGAUCUCUAUGCGUGCAGGAAGUGAGGCUGUGCCCACAGAGGCAUUGAAGGUGGAGAAGAGGGAGCUUUCGGAUGCCGAAGCUUGGUCCAAGUUCAAUUUUGCAACGUCCAACGCUGAUGAGCCUGUGCGGACCUAUGAUCCAUCACAGUCACAUCCCACCAAGCGUGCCAGUGCCAGGGCCAGCGCCCCGGCAGGCCAUCUGGAUCUGGGACGUACCCGGGAUGAUAUCGUGGAGGACCCAAAGCAACCUAAAUCAGCACAGAGCGAAAACACUACGAGCACAACCUUGCGCGGAGGUGCCGACGACAGUGUGUUGACAUCCAGCCGGAGUACAGAGGCGACGAGUUACACGUCUGAGAAGGAUGAAAGGCUCUCACAAAACCAGAGUGAUUCGCACGCCACGCACAGUCGUGCCACGAGUGCGCCUAUACAGCCAGAAACCACGCAGAUGAGUGCGGAUUUCCGUGUCGGCAGUAACAGUGCUGCCAGCGGCGAAAGCAGCAAACUGGAUGUACAUGCCACGAUACUCAGUAACGGCGAUGUCGACGACGGCCGUUCUAGAGACCGGAAGACCAUGAGUAAAGCCAUGGGCCGCAGGCGAAGCCGGCUCAAACUCGGGCUUGCCUUUUGGAAGAGAAAUCGGAGCGACAAAAGUGUUGGCGAAGACGAUCGCCCGGAGAGUCAAGGCAGCUGACGCUCAGGCAGCUUUCCACUUUCCAUGCACGCAUGGCAACUGAAUGAUGUCGACCACCAGAUGCGAGUUCGUUUCUCGCUCUUGCCGUGUGUGCAGUCAAUUGUGUAAUGAGUUAUCGUUAUGUGGUGGCAGGAGGACACUAUGCUUUGCUCCGGAGGCUGUUUAUUUCGUUUCGUUUGGGUCCAUACCAAAAUGCACGGAUGUCGGGCGGCUGUUUUAUGAUGUGGCGUUUGUUGGGCAUUAUCAUGUUACGCCUUGUGGCGUCGGAGUACGGCUGGGCGGCAAGAGCUUUUAAUCUUGCUCAAUUGCUGUGUUUGAGUUAUGACGAUGGGCAACUGUGCGAGUAAGGGUAUGCUGAUGGAAGUGGGUCACAGUGGAAAGGAAGGGCUACAAACUGGUUUGCGUUAGCCAGUGCUCCGGUGCUGGACAGUAGAGCAGGCUGGCAGACCUCCGGCUUGGGGCUGUAUGGGCACUUUCAGCAUGUGCUGGGUUUUCUCUGCUGUAUACGAACGAAUGUACGUCUUGACGAGUGCGAGAAGUGGGCAGACAAGGAUGGAAUUGGGCCACUGCACGCCGAACUUGAAGUGGUUCAGGUUGACUACAAGGGACGACAACAUGUCGGGGCCAUGCCCGUCAGGAGUCGGGACAACCGCGCUGAUGGAAUGGGGGCUGGUUACUAGGAAAUGGUCUUGUUCAGAGGUCUGCUCUGUGGACAGUUUUCAACAAGUCAAGUCCUUUGCUUACACUGUCGUCCGAGAAUUAUUUUCAUGUUCUUGUACUCUGUAUUAGUAGUAAUGUCCAAAGCGUGAACUUGGUCCAAGAUCGUCCGAGAAGACAAUCUCUAGGAGACUGGACGACCAAAACGGAAGCGUUUGGGGGAGUGUGGCCCUGGAUGAUGUUCAGCUAGAUCAGUUCCAUUCGUACCAGUUGGAGGAAUAAAAAUAAUCAUUAUUAUUUGAAUGUGUACGGAUAGUUUCC